ACUACAGUCAGCAAUUGAAAACACCAGAGGGACUAAGGAAUGUUAUAUAAGUUAAAUUUCCUAUUACUACUUUAUUCUAUUCCCAUAAAAAGGCUUUCACUUACACUAGGCAAUCACUGAAUUGGCUUGCCCUCCUUCAACUAACUACAAGAAUGAUGAAAGUAUUGAUCGCCCUUAUUCCGUUGCUGGCCAUUUGCUCCGGCCAGCUCACCAACUUGACCAACUCCCAGGAGUUGGAUCCUGCAGGUAAUUUCCGCCUUAGUUGGGAAGUCAUCGCUGGAACUGGAGACAUCGUCUUGGAGAUCCAAGCUAAAACCGCUGGUUGGGUAUCAUUGGAGAUCGUCACUGAUGACGGUAAAUACGCUGAUGUCAUUUUCGGAGGCUACAACGACGAGUUGAAUACUGGCUACAUUGAGGACUGGAGUCUUGAGUGGACUCCUGGUGCCCACUUGCUCCCCAUCCCUGAUGCCAGCAAUGAUAUUGUCCUGCAGAGUGCUUCGUACAACAACCCAAACACCAUCCUCCGCGUUAAGCGAUCACUCAACACUGGCGACUUUUGGGAUGUGCCCAUUCACUCCGGACGUAUGCCCAUGGGUUGGUCAUACAGCGCCUCAGAUGCUUAUGACUCGGUCCAUGCUGCUGCCGGUUUCGUCUACAUCAAUUUUUACUGAUCAACUGUAAAAGAAAAUUCAGAAAUUGUGUAACACGGAUUUUGAUUGAUGAAAUAAAAACUUAUAAAAACAA